CGACAAAAAUCCCGAUUCCUCACUAUGUUACAACAUUUUCGGGAAACUCAACAUGGAAAAGUUUUUUCAUGACGCGGAUUCUCAUUCUGGGUUGACUCUUUCUUUGUCGCAGACUACAAUCACUCAGCAUGGGGGUUAUCGGACCAAAAUUACAACCUAGUAGUACCUUCUAGCCGGAUCUUGCAAUGAGCAUAAUCCAAGUCUUUACUUCAGGAACAAAUUAUGAGUCUAAUACCCUGUGAUGAUAUAGUCCACAACUUUAUUUGUCCGAGUCCUAUUUGAUGAGAAGUGUUAGUGAGGAGUGCACAGCUUUGACUAAUAAGAUGACAAGUCAAGAAAUUCACAAGGGACAACACAUAAAGGACACAAUGUAUGGGCCUGAGCUGUGGACUGAUGGACUUAUUUGUGCGUUUGAAUAUGUUCAAGUCCAGAAGAGGUCAUUUAGGCCAAGGUCUAAUUUGAAGCCAGCUCGAAAGGAUAGUCAGACCAUGAAGAAACAGCUGCCUGAUGUUUCUUCUCCAAAGGAAAGUCCUAUGCUUGAAUCAACGCCUCUAAACCAUUUUGAGGCUGGUAACCCUUUGGACGAUCAAAACCAGACCUCUCAACCGGAGUAUUUGCAGGCCAUGGAGAACUAUACAGGGAGCCAUUGGGUUCCAAUUGGUUGGGACAGGAUAUCUCAACUUGUUCAAGCAGUGAAAGUUAGUACAUGCUGGUCCUCUGAGCAGUCAGAUAUCAUAUCUUAUGAAGAUGACCUUACUGUUGCAGAUUUAGCUGCUCCUUAUUGGGAGAGACCAUCUGGACCAAUAUGGUGGUGCCAUUUGGUGGCUGGUCAUCCUUCUGUUGAUACAUUUCUAAACAAUGCCCAUUGGUUGCAUCCUGCUGUUAGCAUUGCACUUAGAGAUGAAAGCCGGCUAAUCAGCGAGCGUAUGAAACAUUUGUUGUAUGAGAUUCCAGUGAGGGUAGCUGGGGGCUUAUUGUUUGAACUAUUGGGGCAGUCAUCGGGUGAUCCUUAUGUUGAUGAAGAUGAUAUCCCUGUUGUGCUUCGUUCUUGGCAAGCCCAGAACUUCUUGUUAACAGUUUUGCAUAUGAAAGGUUCUGCAUCAAGUAUAAAUGUAUUGGGUAUCACUGAAGUUCAGGAGCUUUUGUUAGCUGGAUGUUCCAAUUCACCAAGAUCCGUUCAUGAGGUCAUAGCACAUCUAGCCUGCCGCCUUGCUAGAUGGGACGAUAGGAUAUUUAGAAAGUCCAUAUUUGGGGAAGCUGAUGAAAUGGAAUUGAAGUUUAUGAAUAGGAGGAACCAUGAAGAUUUGAAACUUUUCAGUAUUAUUUUGAACCAAGAAAUCAGAAGGCUGUCGAGACAGGUUAUCAGAGUGAAAUGGUCACUCCAUGCAAGAGAAGAGAUUGUUUUCGAGCUUAUUCAACAUUUAAGGGGUAACAUAACCAAAACUUUGCUAGAAGGAAUAAGAAAGAGUACGAGAGAAAUGAUUGAGGAACAGGAAGCAGUUCGUGGGCGCUUGUUUACCAUCCAAGAUGUCAUGCAAAGCACCGUGCGUGCUUGGUUGCAGGAUAGGAGUCUCCGUGUUACCCAUAAUUUGGCUGUGUUUGGAGGAUGUGGACUUGUUCUGUCGAUCAUAACAGGGCUGUUUGGCAUCAAUGUUGAUGGAAUCCCAGGAGCACAAAACACUCCAUAUGCAUUUGCACUGUUUACUGCCCUUGUUGUUAUCUUGGGAAUUGUGUUGAUCAGUGUUGGAAUUCUCUACCUUGGCCUGAAAAAGCCCAUAGAUGAAGAGAAGGUUCAAGUCAGGAAGUUGGAACUUCAAGAAUUAGUUAAAAUGUUCCAGCACGAAGCUGAAACUCAUGCUAAGGUUCGAAAGAACGUUUCUCGUCAUAACCUGCCUCCAACUGGAUCCGAUCAAUUUGUAGAUGAUGCAAAUUAUGUUCUCAUCAACUAAUAUAUGAGAUUUUCAUGUAUGAUAAGUAAUGUAAUUUAGGUUUGAUUAACUUAUGUCAAGAUGUAAAUUAGGUUUUGUGGAAAUGGUCCAAGUCCCAUACUGCACCAUAUUAUAUCUAACGUUAAAUUUCUUC